AUGCGACGUCGUGACAGCGCUCUACGUGAAUCACCCAGUCGAGGCCAUCACAGUCCCUUCUCUCGUAGUCCCUAUAUGCGGCAUUCAUCAUCAUCCCAAUAUUGUUCGGAAUUGGUUCGAAAUUCGCCAGCACGAACUAGUGGAAUGUCUGAGGAUAGUGGCGUACACAUGUGGAACGAACCUCCUCCGUUACAGGGAGGACAACCGGUAUGCUUUAUGAAGGUCAUUUGUGCUAAACUCAGUGUUACGCUCUAAAA